GAGAAAUUGAGAACUACUGCUCACCAUGGGGGAACCUCCGCCUGCCAAGGAAGAUGACCAGAAGCCCCAUGAGGAUGUGGGCACAAGACAGGGGUUUCGACGCUACAAGUGGGAAUUCAAAGACAGCAAUAGAGAAUUCUGGAAAAAUGGACAUGCCGUGGUCAAGAUAAUGACUUUGAUCUGCAUCAUUGUUGGACUACAACUCUUCGAAACAGUGACCACACACCCGAUUUUGAUCCUACUUCUCACUAUGGAAGUGUCCUUCCUCGCUUUCUUCAUCUUCCUUUACUCCUUUGCCAUCAACAGAUACAUGCCUUUUGUCUACUGGCCUAUCACUGUAAGUAAAGACUGUAGGAAAGGAAGUGCCAGUCACAUUCAGGCACCUGGAAAAAGACAACCUCGCCUCCACUGGUACUCAGGCUGGGAAGCUGGGUUGGAGAAGGGAAGCCAGGCAGAAAAUGCUCCCCCAAAACCUAACUGUGUUGGGUCAAAGAAAGAGGGACCAAGGCUUUCCUAGCCUCAGAAAUAGGGAAGGUUGUAAAACCCAGGCAUUUCUGCUCACCGCUUUGCUGGUAUACAGUUCAUUGGAAUAUCAUUCCAGGAUUCAAAAAAGAAAAUCAAAUUCUGCAUAAACCUGUAAGGUAAAGUGAAGCAAAUGUCAAGCAAGUCCAAUGCCAGGUCUCUAAGGAACAUAAAGAAUGCUUCCCGAGCGUGGUCCAUGAGAAGCAGUCAUACAAUGAAGUGAGGCUGAGCUGGGUAAGUCCCUCAAGCAUCCAUUCCUCUGGUCCCUUAUCUGCACCUCAGGGACUGCAACAAUCUGUAGUGGGACUGACUACAUUUAAACUUCUUGCCAUCACAAUUGCGGCAGUCAAGAUAGGAAGGUAAGUAGGGCUGGAACCUGGAGGCAGGAGCUGAUGCAGAGGCUACAGAAGACUUCUAGUUCUGUCUUGUUCCUCAUGCUUUUCUCAACCUGCUCUCUUAUAAAAAUCAGGGCCAGAAGCCCAGGGAUCGCACCACCCAUAAUGGACUGGGCCCUCCCCCAUCAAUCACUAAUCAAGAAAAUGCUUUACAGAUGGAUCUUAUGGAGACAUUUUUUUUUUCCAUUGAGGCUCCCUCCUCUCUGAUGACUAGUUCCUGUCAAAUUCACACAAAACUAGCCAGCACAAGGCCUUAAGCCAAAGGCAAGCAGAGGCUUAGGAAACCAAGCCUGUAUCCUGAGAAUACUGCAUCCAUAUAGAAAAAUGGAGAAGGAAGACAUACACCCUUUGCCAACACAAAGAAGCAAGAAACACUGAUCUGUACUUGGCCUGUGGGAGUGGGGAGAUAAGGGGCAGGUGUUCUUUGAGAAUGGGAAAGCACUGCCUAGAGCCUAGAAAACUCAUGUCUUUUGCUGACAAUGUUCUAAUUACAUCCUCUUAACUCAUAGCAGAAAUAAAUGCAGAACCACAGCCAAAGCAUGAAGAGAUUUGUGAUACACUUGGUCUUUAAAAAUUCUACAAAAUAAAAAUCAAAAGUUGGCA